UUUCUGACGGAACUAGACAUCUUCGUAGCUUCAAAUUUCAAGGGCAGCUACAUUUGGGGCCACAACACAACAAACAAACACAAGAUGUAGCCGUUAAAUCGGUCGGAUCGAUUUAGAAUACUUCUAAAUAUUUCAGUCGAUUAGCGGUUAUUAGACGUGUUUGUGUUGUUUCUCGUUCUGUCGCUCGCACGCUCACUCGCUUGCAAUGGAAUUGAAUUUGGGAAUUAUACAAAAAUUAAAACUUCUUGGAAAAUUUCUAAGGCAUCAAUUCGAACAAUACCAACUGCGCACAAAUGAAUAUGAAGUAGUUCAAACCUCAUGCGGCCAAAUUAGAGGAUGUAAAUUUAACAAUGUCUAUCGUGAAUAUGGCCAGUAUUAUUCAUUUGAGGGCAUACCGUUCGCCAAACCCCCCUUGGGAGAAUUGAGAUUUCGUGCACCGCAACCCGCAGAGCCCUGGCAGGGUGUUCUCGAUUGUACCAAGUGUAGAUCGAAACCGUUGCAAUACGAUUAUGUAACAAAACGCGUCGAGGGAUCCGAGGAUUGUUUGUAUUUGAAUGUCUACACGAAAAAGCUGAAGAACGAAAAACCCCUACCGGUCAUGGUUUGGUUUUAUGGUGGUGGAUUUCAUUUCGGCGAAGCUUCCAGGACCUACUACUGUCCCGAUUACCUUAUGCAAAAGGAUGUGAUUCUUAUUACCUUCAACUAUAGAUUGGGUAUUUUCGGAUUUCUAAGUCUGGAUGACCCAGAUCUCAAUAUACCCGGAAAUGCUGGUAUCAAAGAUCAGGUCAUGGCUCUUAAAUGGAUCAAGGAAAACAUUCACAAUUUCAACGGAGAUCCCAAUAAUAUAACUCUUUUUGGUCAAAGUGCUGGAGCAUCAUCGGUUCAUCUCUUAACUCUCACCGAACAAACAAAGGGGCUGUUCCACAAAGUCAUACUACAUUCCGGUUCCGUGUAUUGUCCAUGGGCCUACACCGAGAACCGUAACUUGGCUUACAAAAAUGCCAUUCAUCUUGGCUAUCAGGGCAUCAAAAAUGAUAAGAAAAUCUUGGAAUUCUUUAAAAAUAAAAAUCCCAAAGAUUUGGUGGUGCCCGAUUUGAAUGUCUUAACCAAAGAGGAUUUAUUCAAUGGAGAGACACUUAACUAUAUGCCUGUGGUGGAACCCUAUGUCACAGCGGAUUGUAUUGCCAGCAAACCUCACGAAGAACUCGUUGAGAAUUCCUGGGGCAAUGAAAUACCCUUUAUUGUGGGCACCACCACAUUUGAGGGUUUGCUCUACACCAGUUUGGUUAAGAAAUAUCCUUUCCUCAUUGAUGACAUCACGGAUUUUGUAAAUCUGCUGCCCCAGAAAAUCAAAUCUACCCACAGCCAUGAGAAGCUAAAAGAAAUGGGUUUGAAAUUGAAAGAAAUUUAUUUCGAUGGCCAGCAACCGAAUUCAAAGGACAAUUUUAAUCAAUUUCUGACUCUGCUCAGUCACAAGGGUUUCUUGCACGACACCCUCAGGACAAUAAGAGAUCGCCGACGCUAUGCCAAGAAUACAGCCACCUAUUUGUUUAGCUUUAAUUUUGAUUCGGAAUUCUUUAAUCAUUUUCGCAUAAAUUGUUGUGGACCCACUGUGCGUGGUGUCUGCCAUGCCGAUGAUUUGGCCUACUUUUUCUAUGGUGCGGUACCCGACAAACUCGACAAGAACUGCAAGGAAUAUCAGUGUCUGGAGCAAAUGAUUGGGAUGUGGUGUAGCUUUGCGCUGACAUCAAAUCCCAACUGUGAUGAAAUUAAAUCGGUGAAAUGGCAGCCAUUGGAAGAUUUCGUCGGCGCUCCGAAAUGCUUGAUUGUGGAUAAGGAAUUGCAGUAUGCGGAAUUACCGGAAUAUGAUAAAGUUAGAAUUUGGGAUAAAUUUUAUGAAGAAAAUACCGAUUUGAAAUAAAAGCAAAAUUUAAAAAAAUUGAAA